AUGGAUGUUGAAAAGAAUUAUUAUUAUAAUCAGAAAAUCGAUUUAAUAUUUCUUCGAAAUAUUUGUAUAAUAACAAUAUCUCAUCUGUUUGUUAGUAUUUUUUUAUUUGUAUAUGUUUCAACAACACUUUGGUAUUUACAACAGAUAUGGUCAACAAAUGAUGAUACUUCUUAUCAAAUGAGUUUAGUAACAAAAAAAUUUAGUUAUUCGAUACGAUCAUUACUUUUAUUAUCUAAUUUACAAUAA